AUGUUCGAUAUUACUGUAUACAGAUCCAAGCACGAUCCCGAAGCGCAUUGGGAGUUGAAGAAAGCAUUUUUCGAACGCUAUAUGGAUGAAGUACCUGAGAUUGAGUUGGUAUGUCUCGCGCAGACCUUUAUUAAUGCAGAAAUCCUCGGUUGUACUUAUCCCGAUGAAACGGUGAAAAAGUUAGCUGUAAUGCGUGAAGGAAUUCGGGAUGCAAUCGACAAAUUCGAGCGGUUGAAGGAUAAUCGAGCUCAGAAAAUCAUGAUAGGAUCUCAUUCUAGGUACAAAAAGGAUGAUCAAGCAAAGGCAAUGCAAGAAGCAAAGCAAGGUUACCAAACUCGAUCUGAAGCCUGUGGUUUGCAAACGGUGUAUGAAAUGGCAACCAAGGUAACGGUCGCCUCGGAUAGCGGCUUAUGA